AUGCGUGUUGCAGUUAAUCUGAACAUGUUUCAUCCGGAGCUGCCUUUGCUUCAAAGGUACAAAGCUGCAGCGGCAGCCGGUUUCCGACAAGUCGAAGUCUCUCUACCGUAUUCAGAAAAAGCCGAAGAACUGAAAAACGCUGCAGAUUCAUUUGGUCUUGCUCACACACUCAUAAAUGCGCCAACAGGUGACUGGUCGCGAGGGUUUCGUGGUUUGGCCGCGUUGCCGGCAUGUAAAACAGAAUUUCGGGAAAGUAUCGACACUGCGAUACAUUACGCAAAGACGCUCAAAUGUGACAAAGUCCACGUUAUGGCUGGUAUUCCUACCAGCUCAGCGGCAGACGUUCCGAAGCUGUAUCUUGAUAAUGUUGCCUAUGCAGCGGAGAAACUUGGCAAAGCAGACAUUAUGUGUCUCAUUGAACCGAUCAAUCACUACACUGUCCCUGGCUAUUAUCUUUCCUCGUAUGAGCAAGCGAAAACCAUCAUUGACGCCGUGAAACUGCCAAAUCUGAAGAUUCAGUAUGAUGUUUUCCACGCCCAACAGAUCUGUGGGCAAAUAUCAGCCACUAUAGAAAAGUACAAAGAUGUUAUAGGCUACAUACAGAUCGCCCAAGUCCCUUCACGUGAUGAGCCGAACACACCUGGUGAGAUCGAUUACAAAUAUGUAUUCGGGCGGUUACAAUCCGCCAAUCCAAACUGGACGAUAGGACUUGAGCAUAAUUUUCAUGAAGCACAUGGUUUACCACGAGACUGGGUGAAACAGCUUGGCCUCAGCAUGUAG